UGGCCUCGACCGCCACGCCUCCUCCGUGAAGUUCGGAAGCGAACCGAAACGCGCCCAACUGUCCCCGUCUCAUCGUAAUAAAUUUCGUCGUCCUGCUGCCGCGCCGCGUGUGUGUUUGCACGCACGACCACGAUAGAUUGGUAGAGAGAGAAGGAGAGAUGGUGGGAUCGAUGAAGCACCUGAUGCAGGUGGAGGAAGGGAAGGAGGCGGCGGGCGGGGCGCCCUCGGCGGGGCCAACGUACCGCUGCGCCGCGGGGGGCAAGGGCGCCUCCCCGCCCGCCGUGCCGGGGCUCGACUGCUGCUGGGACAUAUUCCGUUUGUCCGUGGAGAAGUGCCCCGACAACAAGAUGCUGGGCCGCCGCGAAAUUUUGGACGGAAAGGCUGGCAAAUACACAUGGCUGACUUACAAGGAGGUAUACGACAGCGUGCUCAAGGUGGGAGCCGCGAUCCGGAGCUGCGGCGUCGGCAAGGGUGGCCGGUGCGGCAUCUAUGGAGCCAAUUCUCCCGAGUGGGUUGUCAGUAUGCAGGCCUGCAAUGCCCAUGGCAUUUACUGUGUUCCGUUGUAUGACACGCUUGGUGCCGGGGCAGUAGAUUUCAUAUUGUGCCAUGCAGAGGUACAAAUUGUUUUUGUUGAGGAAAAGAAGAUUGGAGAGGUACUCAAGACGUUUCCCAAUGCGACCAAAGUUUUGAAGACAAUUGUGAGCUUUGGUAAGGUCAAUCCCGAGCACAAGGAAAAAGUUGAACAGAAUGGAUUGUCCAUCUACUCGUGGGAAGAGUUUCUGCAACUGGGAGGUGAAGAGAAAAUUGAACUUCCACAGAAGGAAAAGGAUGACAUAUGUACAAUAAUGUACACCAGUGGAACAACCGGUGAUCCUAAGGGAGUACUUAUCUCCAACAGGAGCAUUAUUACCAUUGUUUCAGCAGUAAAUGAGUUUCUUAGCAACUCAAACGAGCAAGUAUGCAAUUCAUAUUUUGCUUCGGUUUUCUGUAUCCCAAUGCACUGUCUCUUCAUUUUACUAAAUCUCAUUUUGCUCCAACAGCUUCGCGAGGAUGAUGUUUACAUUUCUUAUCUUCCGCUUGCUCAUAUCUUUGACCGGGUGAUUGAGGAGGUGUUCAUUCACCAUGGUGCUUCAAUCGGAUUUUGGCGUGGAGAUGUCAAACUCUUGGUUGAAGACAUUGGGGAACUCAAACCAACAAUCUUUUGUGCUGUUCCACGUGUUCUAGACAGAAUUUAUGGAGGAAUGCAAGAUAAAAUUACAACUGGUGGUUUCUUGAAGAAGACCCUGUUCAAUGUUGCUUACAAAUACAAACAAGGUAAUAUGAUGAAAGGAAGCAAGCAUGAAGAUGCUGCUGCAAUUUUUGACAAGCUUGUCUUCACCAAGGUGAAACAAAGAUUAGGUGGCAGGGUUCGACUGAUUCUAUCUGGCGCAGCUCCCCUCUCUAGACAUGUCGAGGAGUAUCUGCGUGUGGUAACAUGCUCCAAUGUUCUUCAAGGAUACGGUCUCACGGAGACAUGUGCCGGGUCCUUCGUUUCCCUGCCGAACAACAUGUCCAUGCUGGGCACCGUCGGCCCUCCGGUCCCGUACGUCGAAGUACGCCUGGAAUCCGUCCCCGAGAUGGGGUACGACGCGCUCUCGAGCCAGUCGCCUCGCGGGGAGAUCUGCAUCAGAGGGGACACCUUGUUCUCAGGGUACUACAAGCGAGAGGACCUCACCAAGGAAGUCCUGGUCGACGGCUGGUUCCACACAGGAGACAUUGGUGAGUGGCAGCCUGACGGAAGCAUGAAGAUCAUCGACCGCAAGAAGAACAUCUUCAAGCUCUCCCAAGGAGAGUACGUCGCGGUCGAGAAUCUGGAGAACAUCUUUGGUCAAACCCCUGGUGUCGAUUCGAUUUGGGUGUACGGGAACAGUUUCGAGUCGAGCCUCAUUGCGGUGGUGAACCCCAACAAGCAAGCCCUGGAGCGAUGGGCCGAGUCGAAUGGAGUGACCGGAGACUUCGCCUCGAUAUGUGAAGACCCGAAAGCGAAAGAGUUCAUCUUGGGAGAACUGACCAAGAUCGGCAAAGAAAAGAAGCUCAAAGGCUUUGAGUUCAUCAAGGCUGUUCAUCUGGACCCGGUGCCGUUCGACAUGGAGCGCGACCUGAUCACCCCGACGUACAAGAAGAAACGGCCGCAGCUGCUGAAAUACUACCAGAGCAUCAUUGACGGCAUGUAUAAGAGCAUGAAGUAGGCUGGGCUCGACUCGUCGCAGUACGGCACGGAGAAUCAAAUGGACUAGAGACCUCAGCAAACUUAUUGGAGCUCUUCGUUCUAGUUUGUGUCGUUACAAAAUUUGCUUGGUGUUAGCCAGGUUUAAUAUUUUCAUUUCCUUUUGAAUUUGGAUACGUAUUUUCGUACAUAGUUGCGUGGCAUGAGUGGCCCGUGUCGUUGUUUCCACCCAAUAUAGCUCCGCAGAUACGCGUGUGAAGUGUGCA